AUGGCGUUUAUUUGCUCAUCGGUUGUUCUGGACACCCUGGGCUCCGAAUUUGACGACUACACGUACCUCCCGGCGCAAGGCACACGGGGCGGCAUCCUGCUUGCAUGGAAGAGCAACACCGUGACCAUCACGGAUCCUCUGCUCACCAUGAACGCUCUCGCCGCCAAGGUGACCACGGCCACAGGGGCGCCCUGGUGGCUGUCGGUCGUCUACGGCCCCCAGGAGGAUGCAGACAAGAUUGCAUUCAUGCAAGAACUGAGAGACAUGCGCGUGAGCUGCCCCGGGCCAUGGAUGGUGUGUGGAGACUUCAACUUAAUACUCCAUGACGAGGACAAGAGCAGGGGCAAUCUGAACUGCCGCAUGAUGGGCCGGUUCCGCCGCCUCACCAUUGACCUCAUGCUGAAAGAGGCAACUGCGCGCAUGCUCACGAGCUGGAGUGCCAGGACCACCGGUUUCAUACGGGACAAGAUGGCGAUCUCCCGCGAGCUCAUCUCACGAUUCGACAAGGCCCAAGAGGAUCGCCUGCUAUCACCCCCGGAGGACUGGCUACGCAAGCAGAUCAAGAUCGCAUACCUCGGACUGGUCUCCCUUGAGCGCACCAUAGCCAGGCAGCGUGCCCGCAUCACCACGCUUAAAGACGGCGACGCCAACACGGCCUUCUUUCACAAGCAAUGCUCAUACCGUCGGCAGAAGAACCACAUCCACGCCCUUACCGUCAACGGCCAGGUUAUCACCGGCCAAGAGGAGAUGGCGCAGGCAGCAUUCGCCCACUUCGACGAGCUCUUUGGCUGCCCUGCCGCACGCGACUGCUCGCUGGACCUCGAGCACCUCAUUAAGCCUUGCGACCUGGCAGGCCUCGACGAGCCGUUCAGCCCCGAGGAAAUAUGGAACGCCAUCAAGCUCUUGCCGGCUCGCAAAGCCCCCGGGCCGGACGGUUUUAUUGCUGAGUUCGUCAGGGCCUGUUGGGGCACCAUCCGGCAAGAUUUCCUGGACGUCUUCCAGCAGCUAUUUGAGUUGCGAAGCCGAGGUUUCUACAAGCUCAACCAGGCACUACUGACCCUGAUUCCCAAGCGUGCCGAUGCCAACGAACUACGCGACUACCGCCCGAUUUGUUUGAUACAUCUCGUGGCCAAAAUAUUCGCGAAGGUGAUAUCCCUCCGACUUGCACCCAGACUUGGCGGCUUGGUCAGUCCAAACCAAAACGCGUUCAUCCCAGCAAGAAGCCUCCACGACAACUUCGUUCUGGUCAAGCAAUCUCUCAUGCUGCUGCAUCAGCUCAAGGCCCCGCAGAUUAUGCUCAAAUUGGACCUCACACGGGCCUUCGAUUCCCUAUCGUGGCCAUUCCUCUUUGAGGUUCUUGGUCAAUAUGGAUUCGGGCCUCGAUUCAGGGAGUGGAUAGCAAUCCUCCUCACAACGUCCAGCACCCGCGUCAUGGUCAAUGGCGAUCCCGGCCCACCAAUCUGGCUGCGAUGUGGUCUACGCCAGGGCGACCCCGUGUCCCCGCAGCUCUUUGUGCUCGCGGUCGACACCCUCAGCCGCCUCAUGCGACGCGCCCACGACUACAGAAUACUACAGCCGCUGCACCCCCGACGAGCUAUUCCGGCGAUCUCACUAUACGCCGAUGAUGUGAUGAUAUUCUGCCAUGCCACCGAGGACGACGUGGCAGCCAGCAAGGGCCUCUUAGCCCUAUUUGGCCAAGCAAGUGGACUCCGGGUGAAUUAUGCAAAGAGCUCAGCUACCAUCCUCCAUGGCGAACCCACGACGGCCGAGAUGAUCACCCAACUUGGAUGCCCGGUGGUUGAGUUGCCCAUCACCUACCUUGGUAUACCGCUAACACUCCGCCGACCCUCUGCUGCACAGUUACAGCCCCUCGUCGACUCGGUGGCCGCCCGGCUCCCGACAUGGAAAGCUUGGCUCAUGAACAAAGCCGGAAGGCUCGCACUAGUCAAGUCGGUGCUGAGUGCUAUCCCAGUCCACCAACUUCUCGCCUUUGCCCCGCCCAAGAAGACACUAAAGCAGCUCGAGAAAAUCCAGCGGGGCUUUUUGUGGGCCGGCCGCGCCGUCGCCAACGGAGGAAACUGUCACGUCAAUUGGCGCCGCGCCUGCCACCCCGUGGAAUAUGGUGGCCUUGGGAUCCGAGACCUGGAGCGCGCAGGCCUUGCACUACGGCUGCGAUGGAUGUGGCUCGCCCGCACGGACACGGACCGCGCGUGGCAAGGCCUUGAUCUCCAGUUCUCCAAGGAGGAGCGUGCACUGUUCUUCGCAUCCACUACUAUGAUGCUCGGCGAUGGCCGGACAACACUCUUCUGGGACGACCGAUGGAUCAGCGGCCAAUCUGUCAGCGAGAUUGCCCCCCUGCUAUACCAAUGCAUACCCAAGCAACGACGCAAGACACGAACAGUGGCUGAUGGACUCAACGGGAACACUUGGGCCCGAGACAUCCAAGGAACCAUAGGGAUACACGAGAUUGGCCACCACCUUCCAGGGAUCUACACGCUGCCACUCGUGCAAGCUGAUUUGGAAGUGUUGGGCACCACCCCCGUCAAAUUCUUCCACUGGCUUGCCCACCAGGACCGAUGUUGGACGGCGACAAGACUUGCCAGCCGCGGCCUGCAGCACCACCCUAGGUGCCUCCUCUGCGAUCAAGACCCGGAGACCAUCCAACACCUGCUACUGACAUGCCCGUUUGCUAAGCAGAUCUGGCACCGCACCCUAGACUGGACGCACAUCCCUGCCCAAACACCGGCCAAUGACACCACCUUGAUGGACUGGUGGCUGCGGGCGAAGGCGCAAACCCCUCCAAUGCUGCACAAAGCUCUGCAAUCGAUCACACUGCUCGUUCCCUGGAUGAUCUGGAAACAGAGGAACGAGUGCGUCUUAGACAAGUCAAGACCAUCGAUAGAUGCGCUAGUUGAUAGGAUUAAAGACGAGGCCAAUUGUUGGGCACAAGCUGGGGCACAGGGGCUGCGAGUAGUCUUGCCCGCCUUCUGGGAUGUCCACUGA